AUGAGUGGAACAGUGGGUGAUAUGACUCCUAAACAGACGGAAAAAUUGAAAGAGUUCAAAUCAAAGGUGAAUGACAUACUAGAGAAACCUGAACAUGAUGAUCACUACUGUCUUCGCUGGCUUCGAGCAAGAAAUUUUGAUGUCGUGAAAGCAGAAGCAUUGAUAAGAAGUGUAUUAGAAAAACACUACCAGGGUGGAAUGGUUGGGGAGGAUAAGGAAGGACAUCCAGUGUGGAUUGAUCCAUUGGGAAAAAUGGACAUGAAAGGUUUGAUGAGGUCAGCCAAAAGGAAAGAUAUCAUUCUAUCUCGGAUACGGUUUAGUGAACAGUUGUACCACAGUGUUUUCCCUGAGAGGAGCAAAAAGUACGGAAAACAUAUAGAAUCAAUCACAUAUAUUGUGGACAUGGAAGGACUAGGAACGAAACAUCUAUGGAAGCCAGGUCUGGAUACUUGUAUUGAGUUUAUCACCCUUCUUCAAGACAUGUAUCCGGAGUCAUUAAAAAUCGCCUAUUUUGUGAGAGUGCCGAGGAUCUUUGCAGCUAUUUAUGCCUUGCUCAAGCCUUUCGUAGACGUAGAUGUACGCAAUAAAAUUCAUGUUCUCAGUAACAAUUUCCAAUCAACUCUACUAAAAGACAUUCCUGCAGAAAGUUUACCAGUUCACUGGGGAGGUACAAUGACUGAUCCCGAGACUGGCGAUCCCAAGUGUCCUCAUCUAAUAAACCUAGGCGGGCCAGUCCCAGAAAAGUACUACUGUCAAGAACCAAUAGUUCCAGAAGACAAGAACUUGAAUAAAGAAAUAGUGAAGAAGAAAUUUGAUUUGACUUUUGAAGUGAAGAAGAAAGACAGUGCUAUAAGAUACGUAUUUAAAACUGAGGGAGGUGAUAUAGGAUUGUCUGUGUUUCUACAGUAUGGUAAAAACGAAAUAAAACAGAUACAAGAAAUGGAAAAACAUAACAGUCAUUUGGUUUAUGAAGAUGGAAGUAUUGAUUGCCCAGAACUGCGGACCACCACGGAGCAUCAGCUGUCUGAACCGCUGUCGAUUCAAAACAUCGCCAUGAGUGGGACGGUGGGUGAUAUGACUCCUAAGCAGGAGGCCAAGUUGAAGGAGUUCAAAGCAAAGGUGGGGGAUUUACUCUUGAAACCUGAACAUGAUGAUUAUUACUGUCUUCGAUGGCUCAGAGCGAGAAACUUUGAUGUUGAGAAAACAGAGGAAAUGAUAAGAAGUAGUGCAGAAGCCAGGAGGAAGAUUGGUGCAGAUACAAUAGUAACAGAUUACAAAGUACCUGAAGUAAUUGAAAAGUACUACCAAGGUGGAAUGGUUGGAGAGGACAAACAGGGCAAUCCAGUCUGGAUAGAUCCAAUAGGGCAAAUGGAUGUGAAAGGCAUUAUGAGGUCAGCCAAAAAGAAGGACAUCGUCCUGUCACGAAUACAACACAUUGAGCAGCUGUAUCAGGGUCAAUUCAUAGAGCUGAGCAAGAAGUAUGGAAAAAAUAUAGAAGCACUUACAUAUAUUGUUGACCUGGAAGGGUUAGGUACAAAACACUAUGGAAGCCAGUUUGCACAAUUUUUGCAAGACAAUUAUCCAGAAUCCUUGAAAAUCGUCUACAUCGUGAGGGCCCCAAAAGUCUUCCCAGUUAUCUAUGCAUUAGUGAAACCUUUCUUAGAUGUAGGUGUGCGUAAAAAGGUCCAUGUCCUCAGUCACAAUUUUCAAUCAACCUUACUGAAGGACAUCCCCGCAGAAAGUUUGCCAAUUCACUGGGGAGGUACUAUGACUGAUCCUAAGACUGGUGAUCCAAAAUGUCCUAAUUUAAUAAACCCAGGUGGUCCUGUUCCAGAAAAGUAUUACAGUCAGGAACCAUUAGUUCCAGAAGACAGAUACUUGAAUAAAGAAGUGGUGAAGAAGAAAUUCGAUUUGACAUUUGAAGUGACGAAAAAGGAUAGUGCAAUAAGAUAUGUAUUCAAAACUGACGGAGGUGAUAUAGGGCUGACUGUGUUCUUACAGACUGGUAAUAAACAGAUGAAACAGGUACAGGAAAUGGAGAAACAUAACAGUCAUCUGGUUUACGAAGAUGGAAGCUUUGAUUGCCCAGAAGCUGGAACAUAUAUCAUAAGAUUCGACAACUCGCACUCCUGGACAAAGAACAAAACUCUUUAUUAUUUUGUUGAUGUCAUUGAACCAGAUGCUCUCCUUGAAGAAAUGAGCACUGAUUUGUGA